AUGAAUAACCAACAACACAAUUAUAACUGUCAAUUUUGUAAAUUAAGAUAAAGCAAGUUUAUUUAGAAAGAAAUACAUGAAAAGUAUUUGAUUAAUAUGAAUAAAUAGAUACUUUGAUUAGUUUAAUUUCUAUUUUGCUAAGCCAAUUACAGAAAUAUUAGCAAAUGUUCCUGUAGAUCAUGUAAUUUUGUUUAAAGACUAAUUGUACUUGCAUGAUGAAAACGAAUAUAUGAAACGUUUUUAUUAAAGAGAAGAGUAAGAUCCAAGAUUAAAUUUACUUUGCAAUUUCUACUUUGAGUAACAUAAAGUAAAUAAUUAAACAUAAUAUAACUAUAGAUAAUAUAACCAAAUUUAUGUAAAGUUAAUGCUCAUAAGUUUAUGGAGAGGAGAUAGAAUAAAUUGUUAAAAUUACAAUAAAAAGCAUAAAAUAGUUAGAAUCAACAACCAAUCACUAAAAAAAUGAUUCCAGAUCAUAUAUUUAGUGAGAAUUAUGUUGAAUCUGUAUCUGAGUAGUAUCGACAUACUUAUUUAGUUCCUAUCCGAAGGAACAAAUUUCUUGGGACAGCAAAUCUCAUAAUAUCUAUGAGAUAUCAUAAGUAGAAGCAUAGAAAUCAUUACCAUAAAAUAAACCAACAUAAUAAUGUUAAUGUUCAAUUAUUAAUACAUCUGGAGAUCAUAAUAAAUUAUUUAAUUGUUAAAAUGAUUAAGAACUUGAUAAUAUCUUUAAUGAUUUUAAUAUCUAGACAUCAAAGAAUUUAUCAGCUAUUACUAAGAUUCCAUUAAAGAAGAAAUUGCCAACUAGUGCAAAUGUUAAAAAGAAUCCUCCAUCUUAAUAAUCUCAAUAGCCUAAAUUACUUAUUCCACCUUUGAAAUUAUAAGACAGUAUUAAAUCUUCAACAACUACAGUUGCUAAUAAUAAUAAUAAUAAUAAAUCCACUAGUAUUUAAUCUUUAAUGAAGAAAUAUGAUCAAAUAUUGUAAAAAAGAUUUUAAGUGAAAGAAAUUCUAACAGAACGUAAUGAUACUCGACAUGUUGAAGCAUAUGGUUCAAGUUAUGGUAAUGGUACUGUUAGAGCAGAAGGUGGAUCUUCUAGAAAACAAAUUACAGAUGAAAUGCUACUUAAACUUAUUUAAAAUAUGAAGAAAUCUAAAAAUAAAUCUGACAAUUAUUAAUUUCAUGCAUCUUAUAAAAGCAUUAUUCAAUAGGCAUAAAGUGGACCUACUUAAUCAUGUACAUUUGAAAAAGAAAAUGAAAAAAAGAAAAAAUAUCAAGUUUAUUUGGUAUUAUUUUAUUAUUAAUAGAGUAGCCAAAAUAAAUUAAAAAGAAUCCAUCACAGAUGUCUUCACCAACAACUGUAUAAAAGUAAUGAAUAUCAUUUAUUUUAGUACUUGUUCUCCUUCUAUGUUAUUAAGAUCACUUUCAAAUCCAUCUAUGGCUCCUUCACCUUUGCGUAGAUUGGAAAUAAAAGUCAAUCUAAAUAAAUUAAUUUAAUAAUAAGAAUAAGAAAUUGGAUAUUGGACUUAAAGAUGCAAAGUUCGUUGA